AUGUUAUGGGGUUUACAAUAUUUAAUUCAUACUCAACCUGCAUAUUCAUAUAUUCCAGAUUUUCUUAACUAUUAUCAUAAUACUUACGGAUCCUUUAAUAUAUUUUCAUCGCAUAUGUACAACUACUAUCGUAAUAUAUUACCACGUACCAUUAACUAUUUGGAACAUUGUCACUCACGAUCGAAAAAACAUGUAAACGCUUCACAUCCAAAUAUUUAUGUUGCAAUUGAUUUACUUCGAAAGGAACAAUCAUUAGCAUCCAUUGCAAGAUUAAGAGAUUCUAUGGGUGCUCCAACUUCAAAACAUCGAAAAAACAAAGUUACAACAGAUGAAUGUUUAAUAAAAUUAUGGCAACGUUAUGAUGAAGGUCGUCUUGAUAUUCCUUCCUUCUUAAAAGCUGCUGGAUUUCGAUAUUUCCAAUGUUCAUUCAAAAGUGCAAUAUUCAUUUAUCUUUCUUGA